AUGCUCAAGGUUUAUCUCUUCCGUACUAUACCUGGAGAAAUUUUUGGGUUCAAUCCUCUUUUUCUGGAUUACAUGGAUCAUAAGUACCUGGAGGAACUUUCGGGUGAGAUGAGAUUAGCGAUAAUGAGAAUUCAAUAUUUUAUCGCUGCUUACCUUAGGAAUGAGGCCAUGAAAGACAAGACAAGCGUUUUUCACCCAGAUAUUGUUCAUGAUGCUGAAGUAGACUCCAAAGUUUCAGGUUCUUAUACAAGCCUUGGUGAACAAGGAAGAUCUGUAUUCGUGGGUUGUGUUGUGUGCAAGUAA